AUUAAACUAUAUCCUUAAAAGAAUAAUAUAGUUUGCUGAAGUUUAUAAUAUGUUCAGAUAUAAUGAUUUUUAUCAUGUGUUAUCUUCGCGUUGAAUUGCGCCGGCGCGCAUAAUCCGAUCUUGAUGUUAUAUAAUUCCGUAAUCUCGAGGAGCUGAGCAGUCACAAAGCAUUUAUCGUUGCAGCCGGUUCGUAAAAAAAAACAACCAUGAAACCACGUGUAUUAGUCACUAGCAACGAUGCAUCUCCUGCCGGUAUAGAUCUUCUUCGUACAAAAUGUGACGUUACAAUAAUUAAUUCUUCCAAAAGUACGCGAGAAGAAGUGUUGCAAGCUCUUCCUGGUUCCGAUGCGGUGUUUAUCGCAAAGCACCACAUAGUAAAUAAUGAAUUUCUUGAUAUCGCAGGACCGUCGUUAAAGGUCGUUUCUACGAUGUCAGCUGGUUACGAUCAUUUAGAUGUUCCCGAAAUUAAAAGAAGAGGAAUAAAAGUAGGGCAUACGCCUAUGGUUUUAUCGGCUGCAGUUGCAGAAGUUGCGGUACUUCUAUCGUUGAGCGCGGCAAGGCGAGCUCGCGAGGGAAGACUAAAACUUGAACAAGAUGAAGUUAAAAAUCUGACUCUUCAGUCUUUACUUGGCCAGGAUUUACAAGGAUCAACAGUUGGUAUUGUCGGUUUGGGCAGUAUUGGACAGAAUAUUAUUAAACGACUGAAAGGAUUUGACGUGAGUCGUUUCAUUUAUACGGGACAUUCUCGCAAAAAAGCAGGAGACGAACUUGGAGCUCACUUUGUGUCUUUUGAUGAACUUGUUGCACAAAGUGACUUUGUAAUCAUUGCUGUUCCGCUAACUAACGAAACAAUCGGAUUGUUUAAUGAUGAUACUUUUGGGAAAAUGAAAAAGAACGCGGUAUUGGUGAAUGUCAGUCGUGGCAAAGUUGUAAAUACAGAUGCGUUAAUCAAAGCGUUGCGGAAUAAAUCAAUUUUCGCGGCGGGUCUUGACGUUACGGAUCCAGAACCAUUGCCGCCUGAUCACGCACUUUUGAAACUUCCAAAUGCUGUAAUCUUACCUCAUGUGGGCAGUGCUACUGUGAAGACUCGAAGUGAUAUGUCAAUUACUGCAGCACAAAACAUUCUCAAUGGAUUAGAGGGUAAGCCAUUGGUGUAUGCACUGUAAUUACUGGUUUAUGGAAAU